AUGACGCGGGUCAGCAUGCCAGCCAUCAUGGCUGUUGCCGCCGGAGCCUUCGUCAUGUUCGUAGCCAGCUUAAUGGCUAAUCGGCAACACAUCAAGAGGCUUCAAAAGUCAGGUGCACCUAUGCCGAAACACCAUCCACUGUUCGGUCAUCUCAUCGUAUUGAAAGAAACCAUCCAGGACUUGCCUCGCAACACUGUAAUGCAUGUGGUAGUACGGCGGAUAGCAGAGUCGUUCCCCGGCGGCGUCUUUUAUCUCAACCUAUGGCCUUUCAACGCUCCUCUCAUGGUGGUCGCAAAUCCUUAUGUUGCAUCGCAAGUAGAAGCUGCUUUCCUCAACAAGCCACCCAACAUAAAUGCUACCUUGGAGGUCAUCAACGGUGGUCCGUCUCUACUGACAAUGGAGGGAAGCACGUGGAAGAAAUGGCGAGCGCUCUUUAAUCCAGGAUUUGCUGCUGGCUAUAUCACAGGACUUUCACCUGCUAUCGCCGAGGAAGUCUCAAUUUUCUGCAAACUUCUCCAAGAACGCGCGAAGAAAGAUGAAACCUUUCCUUUAGAAGAGCAUACUCUUCGGCUGACAUUCGACAUUAUCGCACGUGUUACCCUUGGCUCACGUCUAUACUACCAAACCCAAGGAAGCGCGCUCGCAGAUUGUCUCCGAAGACAAGUGUACUGGACAUCGUUUGGCACAACAUUUAACCCGUUCCGUCGCUAUCUUAGUCCUCGUCCGCUUGUUCAAAAGUACAACAAUUACCGUAUGAACCGAUACCUCGAUGAGGAAAUUGACAAGCGCUUCGAAGAGUUGGCCAGCUCCCGCAAAGACUCAUCUGCCAAAUCCCGAAAACAGACGAGAUCUAUCAUUGCGCUAGCCAUGGACAAGUACCUCGAAGAUGUAGAAGACAAAGAUGCGAUAUCAGAAUCGAUCUUCAAGCAGCUCGCGAAACCUCAACUUCGUUUAUUUCUUUACGCUGGACACGAUACUACGAGUAGCACACUACUGUAUAGCUACGUACUCCUCUCGCGUCACCCAGAGGCCUUGUCUAAAGUCCGUGCAGAACAUGACAAGGUAUUCGGAUCAGACUUCUCGCUCGACACCAUCACUCGGACUAUCGCGGACGACCCCUCACUACUGAACCAGCUACCUUAUACCUUGGCCGUCAUCAAAGAAGUCCUACGCAUCUUCCCUCCUGCCGGCAGCAUGCGCGAUGGCCGUCCAGAUGUGUUCCUAUCAGAUGAGCAAGGCCAUCAAUACCCAACAGAAGGCUGUAACAUAUGGACCCUCACCUUAGCUUUGCAUCAUAAUCCCGAAGUAUUUGUGCAGCCAGAAGACUUCAUUCCUGAUCGCUGGCUAGUCGAUCCUGAAGACCCACUGUACCCGAAGAAAGCAUCGUGGAGAGCUUUUGAGUGGGGCCCGCGUGCAUGCAUCGGGCAGACGCUUGCGCAGUUGGAACUCAAGAUUGCUUUGGUCAUGACUGUGAGGAUGUUCGAUAUUACUCCAGCGUAUGAGGAAUGGGACAAAUUGCAUCCGAGGAAGGGUGUCAAGACUGUUGAUGGAAACCGAGCGUAUCAGGCUGAGAUGGGUGGUGGUGGAGCUCAUCCGGUGGAUGGGUUGCCGGUUAGGGUUACGCUGCGAGCGUGA